UAGGUAUUGUUGAAGAUGGCACACGCGAAUCUGUUGCUGCUCGGAGUGAGCUUGAGCCUUGUGAUCGUUGCCCUGGCACAUCCUCUGCAGGACGACUCCCCCAAUGGACGCAUUGUGGGAGGCUAUGCGACAGAUGUGAUACAUUUUCCAUAUCAGAUAUCGCUCCGUCGCAAGGCAAUCACAGCACCCAAGAAUCCCUAUACUCAUUACUGUGGCGGAUCCAUCAUUAAUGAGAAUUACAUUUUGACGGCGGCGCAUUGUGUUAUUGCCAAUGUGGCAAGUCAAUUUAAGGUUGUUGCCGGCACCAGUCAUCGCAACGCCAUCGAUGGCGUCAUUGUUACCGUCUCCGAAAUCAUAAUGCACGAGAAAUACGAUCCAUCAACAUAUGACAAUGAUAUUGCCCUGCUCGUCUUGGGUUCGCCGUUGCCAUUGAAUAACUUUACAAUGAAGGUCAUUGAGCUGGGCACCGAGGCCCCCAAGGAUGGAGACAUGAGCACCAUAUCCGGCUGGGGUACAACCCAACCGGGAGGCGAUGCAUCAGACCAGUUGCUUGCAGUCGAUGUGCCCAUUGUGGGCAAUGAGCAGUGUGACGAGGAUUAUGGGGGCGGUUCAAUUACACCUGGCAUGCUCUGUGCCGGUCUGCGUGGUGAGGGUGGCAAGGAUGCCUGUCAGGGUGAUUCGGGUGGACCCCUAACCUGUGGUGGUAAGCUCCAUGGCGUCGUCUCCUGGGGCAGAUCGUGUGCUCUACCCACACAUCCCGGCGUCUAUGCCAAUGUCGCGCAUUACAUCGACUGGAUCCACGCCAAGAUGGGCAACAUCUAGGACUAGUUGCUAGUAUCACCAUAUCCAAUAGGGUAUAUCAAAUUUCAUUUCAAUCACAUGUCCAAAUAAAUUUGUUGUUGAUUGGCGCCCAUUUUCUUGGUAUUUUUUUGUUAUUUUGUUUUAUAACUAGAUUUAAUCAAAGUUGCUUAAGGCAAUCAUAAUUCAA